AUGACGCAGUCUACUGAAUCAUAUGAAUAUCUAUUUAAAUUUCUAAUUAUCGGUAGUGCGUCUACUGGAAAAUCUUGUAUAUUACAUCAAUUUCUCGAAAAUAAAUUUAGAAAUGAGAGUGCGCAUACAAUUGGUGCUGAAUUUGGUUCAAAAUUAUUAGCUGUUGGUAAAAGAAAUAUCAAACUUCAAAUUUGGGAUACUGCUGGACAAGAAAGAUUUCGAUCAGUAACACGUAGUUAUUAUCGAGGUGCAUCAGGGGCUUUACUUGUUUAUGAUAUUUCAAAUCGAGACAGUUAUACUGCAAUAACAAAUUGGUUAACAGAUGUGCGCACAUUAGCUAGUCCAAAUAUUGUCAUAAUAUUAUGUGGCAACAAAAAAGAUUUAGAAGAACAGCGUCAAGUGACAUUUCUGGAAGGUAGUCGAUUUGCACAAGAACAUGAUCUAAUGUUUCUUGAAACAUCUGCAUUAACGAAUGAAAAUGUAACUGAAAGUUUUCAACAAUGUGCGAGGAUUAUUCUGACUAAAAUAGAUUCAGGCAAUAUUGAUCCAUUUCGUAUGUAUUCAGGUAUUCAAUGUAAUCAUACGAUUGCUGCUCAUCAAAAUGAAAAUUUGGCUAAUAAUAUUAGACGAAAAUCCGCAAUAAAUUGUGCUCUAUGUCAAACAUAA